CUGCAAAUAUUGCAUACAUUGUUGUGCUUUAUCAGGCUUUCAUACAGAAUUGCUUUGCUGAUGAAGGCUUUUUUAAUGUAGGGCUUUAAUCUGUCUCUGUAUAAAAUGCUUCCAUUUCUCAUGGCCAUAAAACUGCUACAUUUAACCAGCAUAUGAAAUGGAAAAGUUGAGAACGCAAUGGUGAGAGAGAUGCCCACACCCCACCAUUUCUCUUCGAGUUAUUGGUGUAUUGAAUUGUGACAGGGCUAAAGCGCCCAUAUUGACUGAUGUGACAUUUACCUGUGGAGAUUUGAAAGGACAGCAGGAUCUGUUUCAUGUGCUCACAGCGUAUUCUGUGUAUAACACGGAGGUGGGCUAUUGUCAGGGCAUGAGUCAGAUCACUGCUCUGUUACUCAUCUAUAUGAAUGAGGAAGAUGCUUUCUGGGCACUGGUCAAACUGCUGUCUGGACAGAAACACACCAUGCACGGUUUCUUUGUACCAGGGUUCCCUAAACUCAUGCGCUUCCAGGAGCAUCAUGAACGUAUCCUGCAGAAGAUGAUGCCUAAGCUCAAACAACAUCUAGAUAAUCAAGAGGUGUACACCAGCCUGUACACUAUGAAAUGGUUUUUCCAGUGUUUUUUGGAUCGGACUCCAUUCACGCUCACGCUGAGAAUAUGGGAUAUUUAUAUUCUGGAAGGAGAGCGAGUUCUGACUGCGAUGUCUUACACCAUCCUCAAGCUCCACAAAAAAAUCCUCUUGAAGUUGUCCAUGGAGGAGCUGGUGAAGUUUCUGCAGGUGACUUUGUCAAAGGAUUUCUUUUUUGAGGAUGACUUUGUGAUAGAGCAGUUUCAACACUCCAUGUCUGAGCUCAGACGAUCUAAACUGGAGCUGCCACCUCCAGGUAAGGACGAUGAGUUUCCUAAGAAACCAUUAGGUCAACUUCCUCCUGAGCCUCCAGGAUUGGCAGCAGCAGCAACGAAUCAUAUGGCUAACGGGCAGCCGGUCAGGAAGACAGUUGAGGGCCUUCCCCCUCGUGUUUCGAGCCCUGCCGCAAGCGUCAGUAAACAAGCAGAGUCCGGUCCUGUCACUGAUGGAACACCAAAGAGGCACCAAGAAAGUCGGCCACCCAGCUCAUUGGACAGGGUGCCUCAUCCAGACAAGAGUGAGAGGGAUCGACGAGGUGUGAACAUUCAAAAGGAAAGAGUCCCAACCCACAUGCCCAACAGCAGCUCAACAGGUGGUGGGAAGGUGCUGACCCAGAAUCAGGCGAAUCACAACUCCAAUGCUAGAUCCAGCAUGCGCAGGGACAUUGCACCUCGCUGGGUGAAGCCUUCAGAGGGCAAACUGGAAGCAGUCAAGGCUGCAGCACGGGAAAGCCAGUUGAGUCUAUCUAUGGGUGUUCCACCCUCGCCCAGCUCCCCAACUCCAGAGGCGGCCACCGGGGCACAGCGCAGACCCUAUUCACGAGCGUUUGUUCCAGGCUCCAACCGUGCCUCCAAUGCCUCGCAAUACGACAAUGUCCCAGGACCGGAUGGAGAGGUUAUGGAGAUUAUAGAGCUUGAGAAACCGCCCUCUCGCCCCCCCUCCCGACCGAACGUUGGGCCUUCUUUGAGACAGGGCAGUCCCACCCGUCUCCCUAGUGAUGGAACUGGCGUCUCUCCCUUUAGAAUGCCCAAACAGAGCAUGAUGCAGUCCAAACCAGAACCCCGUGCACCUCUGCACUACCCAACUGGUAUGACUCCUGUCUACACUCCCUAUGUUUCUGAUUCUCGGUCUGAGGACAGACUAUACGGGCAGCCAUUCGCCGAGCAAAUUUACGCAACUACGGGACAUGGCUCAUGUAACCCUUCGCCUGAGAAAACACUGAUGAACAACAGCUACUUAACCUACCGACAGCAACUGCCAAACAUGCCCCCUCUCAGGGUUGCUCCGGCUGAGCUUUCGUCCCAGAUAGACAGUGUUGGCGAGGGCGGGUAUUACAUGCGACAACCCACCGGGCUGCUGGGCUCUUCCCCUUACCCGCCCACAGAACUGCGUUAUGAGGCACACAGACAGAAAGAGGGCUGGUAUGGGGACAUGGAGGCGGGGCCUCCACGGUCUCCUGUGGGACUACCUCGAUCUCCCAGCUUCCAGAAAGCUCAGCUCUCUCCCAUUCACCCUGUUCAGGAGUUUAACUUUGCACCUGCAAAUAUCUCGGACUCUAUGCUCCAUUUCAGAGGAUCCUACCAAGACCCCUCCAGCAGGCAACAGCUCCCCCCACUGUUUGGUGGAACACACUACAGGCAGGCGCAGGAGGCCUUUGCAAUGCAGGAGUCCAUGCUGCUCUGAGAGGGACAGACAGGGGCCAAGAUAGAGGGAUACACUGUAUGAGUGAUGGCUAGCAAGCAGUUUUGUGUUGGUUUAAUGUUUUUUGCAUUCUGUUUUGUUUGUUUGGUUGUCUGGCAAGUCUUACCACAUCAAAGGCUGACUGAAGAAAUUCACUUUUGUUUUUGUUUGUACAUUUUUAUCUGUAAAAUAACCAUUAACUGCUGAUUAUAUAACAAAGCUUAAAUAUGCAAAGAGAGAUUUUUUUUUGUUCCUUUGGUUAACACACUGAGAUAUUUAAAUAGAGUUAUGGAGAGUCUUUUUCAUAUGGACAAACUCAGUUACUGAUCAAUUAUCAUCUAUUUUUUUAAUUCAUUUCAGACAUAAACAUACUUUAGAGGACACUUUAUUCCUUGAUUGUGAAUAUAUAUUUUUAAGAACAAAGAUUUGUGUAAGUUGGAUAUGUAUAUUAUAAACAACUGUAACAGUGAACGUAAUCGCUGUUUGACAGAACUUUUCAAUGCAUCACUACAGUGUUCAAGUGAAAGUAAGAACCUUGUUUGUAAGGCUUGUGUUUUGAGGUUAUACAUAAAAAUGCAGAUAUUUAAUCUUAAGUUGAAAGGGAAUUUUAAGGGGUAUGUGCGUUCUCAAAAUCUGUUGCACUGACCAGCAAGUAGAUAUCAUAUUUUCAGUUCGUCAAGGUAACAGAUCAAUAACUGAUGAGACCAACUGAUGCCAGAUCUUGAAUUAAAAUUAUAAAAGCUGCCUUGGAUGUGACCAGCAAAACAUGACAAUUGUGUUACUGUCAUUAGCAGAGAAGUCUGUAACAAAGGGUGAAUUUAAGUAAAUUGGGCCCUUUUGGACAGUUAAAGUGGCCCAAUUUACCCAAAUCAUCCGAAAAAUGUCUGUCUGUGAUGCCAGUGCAAGUUAUGCAAUUAGUUACCGAAUCACAAAUCUGUUCAGUAAUUCAAUAAUAUGGCUGGUAGUUUGUAGCAUGCAGCUGCUGUAUUAAGGUGGUUGUACCUGUCCUGUUACUCAGUGGAACAGAUUAUCAAAUUCAAAUUUCACAAAAACCACAGGUGUUAUAUAUUGUAACACAAUCAAGCUGUACAGCUCAUUGAAUCUCUGCAGAUCUACUGGCAAAUUUUCCAGUUCGUAUUCCUGUCCACUCUGUCACUUUUGACCCACUAACCUGUUUUUGAGUGAACCCAUUUAAUUUAAUGUAAUUUUAUUAUUUUAUUUUCAAAUCAGUACUAUAGUAAUUAACCAAGACAACAUAAGUAAAUUAGCAGAAGUGCACACCUGUUCUGCAAACCUUACGGAUGUAUUUCAGUAAGGUUUAGGUGAGGCUGUUAAAAGUUUUUUUUGGGGGGGGGGGAUUUAUUGGCCAACUUGACUUGAUUUUAUGGCAGGGCAACACUACCAACUUAUUUCACACAUUCAUUUAUACACACCAGUAUGUUUGCUACUGAAUAUGUAGCAAAUGGAUUAUUUAAUAAUACAC